AUGGUGGCUCUGGAGCGGGAGUACGUCCUCGGCCCCUUCUGCGAGCUGCGCAUCAUUACAUCGCUUUCCUCGACUCAGCUGUCGAAGGUGACGCUGCGCAAGCCAGUAGACGAAGAUGGCGCUUCUACUGCGACGCGAGCAGAGGUGUUUGGGACGGAGUUGAUCCCGGGAGUACCAGUGCACCUUCCGCCGGGUCGCUCUCUCAGCAUCUUCACGUCCACCGGCUGCACCUUGUUACUAGUAGCCCCACCGGCGGUGCUGCAGCGCUGCUACGCGACAUCGCUCGGGGCGACGUGGGUGCGCUCCCUGCUCGAUUUUCACUCCCACUUGGAGCGGGCACGAGUGGAGGCCCGUGGCCGCGAAGACGUCGGUCCUCGUGUACUCUUCGUGAGUGACCGGCACCACUGCGGGGCAAGCACCUAUGUCCGCUGGCUUAGCAAUUUCGCGGUGCGCCUCGGCUACCACCCCCUGCUACUCGAUGGGGUACUGGACACCCCCGCCUUCGCGUUCCCUGGCAGUAUGGCCCUUUUCCACGCCCAACACUGCAUGGACAUCGAGGAGGAGAUGAAUCUGACACCGGCGCUGUAUGUCCAGGUGGGUCAGUCACGCGUGGCCAACCCACGACUUUACCAGCACUGGGUGCAGCAACUGCUGCCGCACGGAAUGGAGAAGAUGGCGCGCAGUGAGCGGUGCCGCGUAGGUGGGCUAUUCUUUGACUAUGGCGUGGUGGAGCCGCACGCGGUGGAGCAGGCGGAAAUGGCGGCGGCGGCAGCGCACUCAAGCAACGACCCGACCGCCUCCGCCUCCCCUGCCCCCUCCGCGCUGGGGAGCGAUAAAACGCAGACGAACCCACUUGACACCCUUCUGGACACUAUUGUGGCCGCCGACAUCGACCACGUUUGCGUUGUUGGCAGCUCGUGGCUGCGGUGGAAGGUGGUGCAGCGGGCAUGGGAACGCUUUGGUGGUGAAAGGUCGAUGGACAUUGUGCACGCGAUGCUUGAUCCGCGCUGGAGCGUGCCACAGGAGGUAGGCUGCGGUGGCGGCCAGCACUUCAGGCUCUUUCUGGUAGACACUGUGGGGCUCGUCCGCUCGGUGCCUGUGACGCUGUGGAAACGCCAGCGAUGGCUGCAGUACUUCUUCGGCACCCCGACCUCGCCGGUAAAGCCGACUCUUGUCACCCUUGAGGCCUCGCAGGUGCGCAUCGCAACCGUCGGUGCGGCGGCGAUCGACACCAUGUCGACACUGCUGCCGAUGAUGGACAGCGAGGAUGCGGACCGGCAGAAGGCGGAUGUGGCAGCGGUGUCGUUCAUUACGCUGCAGGACGUCGCCCUGAAGGACCGCAUUGUUGCCCUCAGCACAGCCACUGAGUACGAGCGCGGCCCUGACGGGGAACUUCACUCACUUUCUUUUAGUGUGUUCGAGCGCAGCAUCCGGCAGGGGACUGUGCUGGGGUUUGCACUCGUGGAAUCCGUGACGCCAGAGCGACUCACGUUGCUUGUGAGUGGCUGCCCGCUCGACAAGGAGCUGGGCCUUUGCUUCCUUCUCACGGAGGAGGAGCUGAAGAGCUGA